GAUGCCCAUUCUCAAGGGGAAGUGGUGGCCUGCCUGGAGAAAGGGCUGGUAAAAUUGGCAGAGGACAGUGAGCAUCGCAUCAAAGUCUCAGAGCCCUGCAUGAAGGCAAUUCUCCGAGUGGCGGAGCUGUCGUCAGAUGACUUCCAUCUGGAUCGGCAUCUCUAUUUUGCCUGCCGAGACGAUCGGGAACACUUUUGUGAAACGACUCAAGCAGGCGAAGGCCGGAUAUACAAGUGUCUAUUUAACCACAAGUUUGAAGAUGCUAUGAGUGAAAAGUGUCGGGAUGCAUUGACAACUCGGCAAAAGUUGAUUGCCCAGGAUUACAAAGUCAGCUACUCCUUGGCCAAAUCCUGCAAGAGUGACCUGAAGAAGUACCGUUGCAAUGUUGAGAAUCUUCCUCGUACUCGGGAAGCCCGUCUCUCUUACCUGCUCAUGUGUCUCGAAUCGGCUGUGCACAGAGGUAGGGUCCCCCCUCUUUGCUGUUCUGUCAAACACUAG